AACAUAACCAAUAAAUUUUGACGUUAAACAUUUUGUGUUCCCUUUAAUCUUUAAUCCCUUUUUAUAAUUAAAUUAUAUUUGUUUUGUCCUUCACAUCCUAUCGUCUCAAGGAAGAUCGUAACAAUAUCAAUUAAAUAGUGAUUGUUUUACAAUUCUAGUGAAGGAAUGUCCGAAGAAUCAAUCAAAAAAGCCGAAGAUAUUUUGAAGGGAUUUCAAGUUAAUUGGAUUUGCCUGAGAGACGCAGACGGUGGAAAGAUAUUCUGGCAAGGAAACGAGGACAUAUCAUACCCUGACAUUGAACAUGAAGCCCACGUACCUAAGACAAUCCUGCAAUGUCGUGCAGUUUCUAGAGAGUUUAGUUUUAGUUCCAAAGAGCAGAUUGAGAAGUUCAGAUUGGAACAGAAAGUACUUUUUAAGGGACGUUGUCUUGAGGAGUGGUACUUCGAAUUCGGUUUUGUUAUGGCAGAAUCAACAAAUACAUGGCAAUCGAUCAUGGAGGCGGCGCCGGAGAGCCAAAUGAUGCCAGCUUCAGUCUUGAACGGAAACUUGGUUAUCGAAACUAAGUUCUAUGAUGAUGAUCUACUUAUUUCCACCUCCAAAGUUAGAUUAUUCUAUGUCUGAAUUCACAGUGAUAUUCAAUAAAGCCUAAAAAUCGCAGAUUUUUCGAAAUGAAAGAGCAGAAGAAAUGUUUCCUUUCAUGAAUAUUCAAAAUUAGCCGGCAAAUUCAAAGGGUGCCUUACUUAUUUUGACACGUUUCGUUCAGUAACUAGAUGAUCACAAUUAGUGAUGUAGUGACUUCAAUUAUAUGAUCUGUGAUUGACGUCUUAAACAAAUUGAUGCAGGAAAUAUUUUUUCUGUCUUCUGAAACAUGUGAUAUAGAUAUAGAUCAUGCAUUUAUAUAUUCACCUAUUUUGUAAGCAUUUAAAUGUAGGUAUUUUCAAAUUUGAGAUAUGUGCAAACUGUUUUUUGUAAUUUCAAAUAAUGAUAUGUUUCUUCGAUGAUGCCUUAAUCAGUUUGACUAAAUUUUUACACCAAAAUUCACAAGGAAUUGAGUAGGUUUUCACAUGUGAACAGAUGAUCCUUGGUUUUUAAAUAAUAGUAUUUGAAAUUAUUGUAUAGAAGUUUGCACUAAGGCUGUUGCUCACUUCGUAUAGCAUUCAUUUGUAAAUAGUUUUAUAUGUUAUGUAAAUAAAUACACUAAAAAAUGUAA